AUUCGUAUUGGCAGCCCUGUUCUUGAUGACGUCAUUGUAAAGUUCCGAAAUUGAAAUCAAUAAGUGGUGUGCAAUGUUGUGUGCACAUGAUAGUCGGAGCGAAAUGGUGAUUAUAUCAAAACAAUUCGGCAGAGCGUAUUGUUUUUAUUUGUUAAGAACGAACCUGUAAAUAUUAAUCAACAAUAUGGUACGGAACACGAAGAAAAAGCUGGCGAUAUUCGCCGGGACAUCAAAGUGUUUGAUAUACAUGUUCUAGAACCGAAUAUUGUUGCGGUAUUGGUUGUUGCGUGUCGCCAGGACUACAUUUCCAUCAUUUGUGGUAUUAUUGGUGCGCAAAACAGUUCACCAGAUCGUUCUAAGUUUACGAUGAUCUUUCAAAAGCGAUGAAAACCUUACAAAUUUCUUAUGAUUGUUCGUCGUAGGAUACUAGUUAUAAUUAUGUUCCUGGUAUGCUCCGGUGGUGGCUGGUGGUAUCGAUAUUGGUUACAAGGGAGAUACAGAGCAGCUGCGUCGGCUAUUCCCACCAGAGCCUCGAAUGCACGGGCUCAAAAUUCUCUGCGAGGGCCGACGUGUCAGGGACAGAGGGCUCGUAUUACGUACAAUUCAGCGAGAAACACUGUAUUAUUGCACCGCAUGUGGAAAGGCCCUCAGAGGAACGGAGCAAUGGCUGGUUACACCGGUAACGCGACAACGUCCACCCAUUACCAGAACAUGAGCGUUAUGUUGAACGACGCGAACUGCCCUUACUAUCAGUUAUACGGUCCGCCUCCAAGUUACGAAACUGUGAUAGCUCAGACACGUGGUAAAGUAUCAAAUUCGGCGUCGCCAGAAUCGACGAACGCGCGAUCGCCGAGCAUCGCGCCAACGAAUUCGAGCGUGCCGCAAUGUUUCUCUUAUACCUGCAACUUCUCCGCGAGAUUGAAUAAUAGUUUAAACCAAAACGCGCAAUACGCGAAUGGCGGCACGAGUUCUCGGCAGGUCGACGGUCGGGACGGUAUCCCGUUCGCUCAUUUCCCACAGUAUUGCACGGUGACAGAGAGAACUAUGAGACAAAAUGUAUGCAUGCCUUUUGCCUAUCAGGAGCAACCGUUCGUUACCAGGGACACGUUUAACCCUAUGUAUCAAGCUAGUUCCAUAAAUUGUGUUCCAUAUCCGAUGGACAAAUCGUCAGACACUUCGGAUCCGGAGAACCAAAGCUAUCAAGUGUCGGAUAGCGAUAGAUACACGAUGGUAAAUGUCGAUUGCACGGCUGGUAGUAGUAGAGGGCAAGGUAUUUGGCAGUCGGAUGAUCGUUCCAUUUCCAAAGCGCACGGUAGCCAAGCAAAACGAGACACGGGCGAGAGAAUUGAGAAGAAUUUGGAAGAGGAACGGGAAAGUACGUCGGAGGUAACAACAACGGGCUUCGAUGACACGAAGUCGAUGGAUUGGUCAUCGGAAAAUUUCGAUUCAGAGUCGAGGAAGGGUCGUCGAGUGUACGGUGGUUCUUUAAAAGCAAGCGGCAGAUACGCCGAUAAAGAGAGAUGCGAGGAAUAUUCCGUUCAGAGGGCUUUCUCCAGAAUUUUGCCCCAUUCCUGCGAUGGACUUAUUAACACAGAGCCAGCCACAACAACAUCUGUCGAUGUGUCCCAUGACAAGAGCUCUUUAGCAGGGAGAGCUGACGUUAGUGUGAAUUCUUUUCAAUCAAAUCCAUCCAAUAAUGUGAUAUUAGAGUGUUUCGGUUCCAAUGGCGCGUCCUUCUCCAUGGAGAAUAUCGAGAAAGUCGAACAGUCUCAUUCUCGUCUCGUAAACGCUAGUACAAAUUCUGAUCUUGAAAGUAAAUUUAGGUUAGACAGAUCGAAAUCACUGGACUGAACAGUUAUAUGGAAUACAUUGCCAUCGUACUACGUAUAUACAUAUGUAGUGCUUAUUCUUGUACACGUUAUUGA